UGUAUAAUCUCCGCCUACUUCCUGAUAUUUCGGGCUGUGGGUUAUCAUUAGUCGGGUGUCAAGGGUAAAAAAAAGCAUGGCUACGUUUAUGAGGUCUUCGUUUUCUCUGUUGCACGGCUAUAGCAAACAUGUCCAGAUUGCAAUGGUAUGUUCUAGGGCAAUGGCCUCCAAGACACCAAUUGGCUUUGUUGGUCUUGGCAACAUGGGAAAUCCAAUGGCACAGAAUCUGUUGAAAAAUGGAUAUCCUGUCGUUGCACAUGAUGUUUUUCCAGAAGCUUGCAAGCAGCUUCAAGAUCAAGGUGCACAGAUUGUAGAUUCUCCUGCAGAUGUUGCUGAGAAAGCAGAUAGAAUAAUUACAAUGCUGCCUUCCAGCCCGAAUGUGCUAGAUGUUUAUUCGGGUCAAAAUGGAAUUCUAAAAAAGGUGAAAAAAGGUACAUUGCUUAUAGAUUCUAGCACAAUCGAUCCGGCUGUGUCCAAGGAAUUGGCUAAAGAAGCUGAAAAGUGUGGAGCCUUAUUUAUGGAUGCCCCAGUGUCUGGAGGUGUUGGUGCUGCAAGGUCUGGAAACCUAACAUUCAUGGUAGGAGGUGAGGAGGGAGAAUUCACUGCUGUUAAAGAACUGCUGAGCAGCAUGGGUGCCAAUAUUGUGUACUGUGGAGAAGUUGGAACUGGUCAGGCUGCCAAGAUUUGUAACAAUAUGUUGCUGGCUAUUACUAUGCUUGGAACAGCUGAAACUAUGAAUUUAGGAAUCAGGUUGGGUCUUGACCCUAAGCUGUUGGCGAAAGUACUCAAUAUGAGCUCAGGUCGCUGCUGGUCAAGUGACACCUAUAAUCCUGUACCUGGUGUGAUGGAAGGAGUGCCCUCUGCUAAUAAUUAUCAAGGUGGUUUUGGGAGUAUGUUGAUGGCAAAGGAUUUAGGCUUGGCUCAGAACUCUGCCACCAAUACGAAGACACCAGUACCCUUGGGAUCAGUGGCCCACCAGAUCUACAGGAUGAUGUGCUUAAGGGGUUAUUCUAGCAAAGACUUCUCAUCUGUGUUUCAGUUCCUAAGGGAAGAAGAGAAUGUGUGAAUAGGAGUUUUGCGAGCUGUUUCUAUAUGAAUCUGGGCAAAAACUGUGUUGGAAGCAGUGUUUAUGUACACUAGUUUAAUGGUAAAUAGACAGGUUAAUAGAAGGGUGUAAAGCAAGAUCUCUACAAGGGCUAUAGUUGCAAUAGUUCUGUUAACCAGACUUUUGUGUUCCUUCUGUAAGCUCAAGUCAAAGUAAAAUAUUUAAUAUCCUUGUGAAGAUUAAACUCUUGUUUUUCUCAUCCAAGACAAUAGUACAACAAAACUGGAUGGAACAUAAAUCACAGCCCUAUUGUUUGCUAAGCACCUGGCUACUUUUAGCAAUAUCACUAUAGCAACUUAUGGUUCAGUAAUAGAAUUCCCCAGGAGGCUUGCCACAUGCUUUUAUAAAUUCUGCAGAUACAGUGCUUUGUUAUCCAACAGAAAGUCAUGCACUAAUGGAGGAUUAUUACUCUGUAAAGCUAGUUAACAGGCAAAUAAGAUUUUGACAAUGAGCUGAAAAUCCGAAUAUAUUUUUUAACUGUUUAGUAGUAAGGGUGUAUUGUACAAUAUAAACAUAACUCGUGUUUUUGUGUUCUGUGUGCGUGAGUCGAUCUUUCUUGGGAUCUUGUAGCAUUGUGCUUCAGAGGUUGAUAGAAUAACCUUGUUAUUAAAUGGAUGGCUACUACAUCCAUCUUUUCUAGAGAAUUGAUAGUACUAUCCAAAAAAUCCAUUUUGAUGUGAGAAAGGGAUGUGUUUCUGUGAAAAUUAAUCCGUUAUUCAGCGUUUCCAUUAUGUCAAUGAUCAUACCUCUUUACCUUUCCAGAAGUUGAUACUUUGGCUUAUAUAACAGAACAACAACUGCUGUCAAGCUAUGCUGCCCCUUUGUACAUGUAAAUUAAAGCCCUUUCUCCGUAAGUUUA